UCGACCUCGACUUUCGCACCCAGAAGGAGUAACACUUUCAACAACAGCGACACAUAACACCUCACCCCGCACCCCGCAUGAGCAACCGCUACCUCCUCCGAAAUUCUGUCCCGACGACAUUUACACCAAGAUCUCGCUCCGUGAACCACAGCGUUAGCCCUCCCCUCCACGCGUUCCGCCGAGUCAACCGCUUUCCACCCCUUCAGCAGCAGUACACCACCAAGCAUUACCCACACCCACACCCACACCCACACCCACACCCAUCCACAGCUACAGCCACAGCCACAGCUACAGCUACAGCUUCAAUCCCAGAACCCAGAACAAAUCCCGGCAUCAUGUCCACCCACGAAACCCCACCACCCACCGCACCCACCGCACCCACCGCACCCCAACCCCCGCACCCCAAUCGCAAAGACAAAAAAGGCGGCCGCGGAGGAGGCGGAAGUAAACCGCGCCACGAGGACCCGAAAACCAGCCGGCAGGUGACCGUCUCCAAAGCGAUGUCGUUUAUCCUGCGGCAUGCGGCCGAGAAGGAAGGGUUAGCGAUGGAUGCGCAGGGGUAUGCGAGCGUGGGGGAUUUGCUCGCCUGGCGAAAGCUCAAAUCCCUAAAGGUCACCUUCCCCGAGAUCGUGGACGCGGUCGCCAGCUCGGAUAAGAAGCGGUUUGGGUUGUUGUAUCUCCCGCCUACAUCUACAUCUCCAUCUAGUUCUACGGCGGAGUCUACGGCGGAGUCUACAGCCGCGGCUGAGAAAGCAGGGGAUCCGACAGGAGCGAGAACGACGACGGCCGACGAAACCGAAACCGCAACAGCGACCGCCCUCGCCGCCGCCGCCGCCACCACCGACCAAGACCCCACCCACUACCUCAUCCGCGCGACGCAGGGCCACAGCAUCAAGACCGUCGAGGCCGCGGGCCUUUUGGAGCGGCUGAGUCUGACUACCGGAGCCGACCUCCCGUCGACGGUCGUCCACGGCACGUUCCACGGGGCGUGGCCGUUGAUUCUUGAAUCUGGGGGCCUGCGGUGCAUGGGCCGGAAUCAGGUGCAUUUUGCGACGGGCCCGGCGCGGGAGGUGGUUUUGGCGCGAUUGCAGCAGCAGGGCGGGGAGGGAAAGGAAGAAGGGGCCGUCGGCGGGCCAGGGCAGGUGAUCUCGGGGAUGCGGCGCGAUGCCCAGGUGUUGAUCUAUAUCGAUCUGGUGAAGGCGCUGGAGCUGGGGUGUCCGUUCUGGCGCAGUGAGAACGGGGUCAUCCUGAGUGAGGGGAUCGAGGGCCGGGUGCCGUUGGAGGUGGUGGAUGCCGUGGUCGAGCGGCGGCUGGGCACGAUCUGGGAGCGCGGGGCGGUCGUGCAGCCGUGGCCGGUGGAAUGGAGUCGGCGCCGGAAUCCUAAGGGGAAGGGGCAGCAGGCAAAGGGGCAGGCAAAGGGGCAGGC